AUGGUGAGAAGGUCGACGCAUCAUCAUCAGACUCGUCGAACUCGUCAAUCCAUUCAAACUUGUUUUCGGCGAGUCCACUCCAAUACCACCAUUUUACAAAAGAGCAAAAGAACAAGUUUAACACGCUGGCAAUUGUGUGGAUUUGCAGCCGGCUUUUUAGUGCUUGGAUUUGGAAUCAAAUCUUUUGUGUCGGGGUUUCUGCUUCCUAGCACUGAUGAGGAUUCUUCAAAGCUUGGACCUGCAAAGGCACUACAAUUAUUUACAAGGCGGUCGACAGCCCCAAUUUCUGACUUGACCUCGCCUCGAUAUGCAAAUGCUGAGGAGUUUGCAAAAGGUUUAGAGCAAAUGGCUUUUAUAAUUGGUAAAGACAAUGUCCUGAAAAAUGAGGAUCUUCUCAAUUCAUAUGCUGAUUUCCCAUUUGCAACUCAUCAUCCACCAAACCCUAGGCGUCAAAGACCUAGCGCCAUACUCAAACCAAGGUCAACGCAGGAAGUAUCUCAAUUAUUAGAAAUUGCAAAUGAAUACAGUAUACCCAUUGUUGCCAAUUCGGGACUAACUUCAAUUGAAGGACAAAAUAUACAUACUCGAGGUCCGUAUAGUAUUUCCAUUUCCUUCGAGAAUAUGACCAAAAUCUUACAAUUCCAUCCUGAAGAUUUAGACAUCGUUGUCCAGCCAGGUGUGGGAUGGCAAGAGCUAAAUUCGUUUCUAAGUAGUUCGUCAAACGGCUCGCAUUUGAUGUUUGCGCCUGACCCUGGUCCUGGUGCCAAUAUUGGUGGAAUGGUGGGUACCAGUUGUUCAGGAACAAAUGCUUUCAAAUACGGCACAAUGAAAGAGAAUGUCAUUAACCUCACCGUUGUCCUAGCAGAUGGGACAAUAGUCAAGACUAAGCAAAGACCAAGAAAAUCAAGUGCAGGUUACGAUAUGACCCAUUUGUUUAUCGGAAGUGAGGGCACUUUAGGCUUGGUGACGGAGAUCACAUUAAAACUUCACGUCAAGCCAAAAUUGGAAUUGGUCGCAGUUGCCUCUUUUCCUACGUUAACUGAUGCUGCGUCAAUGGCGUCAUCAGUGAUUGCUUCAGGGAUUCAACCUAAUGCAAUGGAGAUCUUGGAUGAAAAGACGGUGGCGUACGUCAACGAGACUACCUCCACCAUACCAUCAAAGACUACAAAGACUGCUAUCACUGAAGCUGGGAAAUCAAGUAAAUUAAUAGAGAGUCCCACUUUGUUUUUCAAAUUUGGUGGUCCUACAAAAAGCAUCAUUGAUACCCAAAUUAGUAUAAUCAAGCAGAUUGGACAACAACAUAACAUGCUUGAUUUUCGCAAGAGUGUAAAUGAUGAAGAGAACCAAGAAUUAUGGUCAGCCAGACGCAACGGGUUCUGGUCUACAUUCGAGUAUGGCAAAAAGGUUUUACCAGACAAAACAGAUGUUCAAGGAUGGGGUACUGAUAUUGCUGUGCCAAUCUCGAAACUUGCACAAGUCAUAAGUGAGACUAACAAGGAUUUAGAAGAACUGGGUUUUAAAGACCGGUUCGCUGUUAUGGGACAUAUCGGUGAUGGUAAUUGCCAUACUAUGAUUCUAUACAAUUCACCUGAUUACCACAAAGUGCAAACUGUAGUGGAUCGAAUGGUAAAGCGUGCAUUGGAUCUCGAGGGUACCUGCACUGGUGAGCAUGGUGUAGGUGUAGGUAAAAGAAAGUAUUUACCAAUGGAAUUUGGAGACUCAACGGUGGAUGCAGAAAGGAAAUUAAAGUUAGCACUUGAUCCUAAAAGGAUCUUGAAUCCCGAUAAAAUAUUCAUGAUUGAUCCCGAAGAUGAUUUAGACGAGCAAUUGCUGGGCCAUGUUCACCCAGAAAAUUGCAUGCAUUAA